UCGCGCUGCUGCUCACCGUAUGCUCGCUCACUGCAAUCUGUGCUGGAGAAGCCGGAGCAGGCUCAGUUACACCUUCAGUAUUAAACCCGGCCCAAAAACGCUUAUGACGCUCGCCACCAAAGGACAGAAAUAACACGAGGUGAGUUCGGACGUACUGUGAUUAUAUAAUUUCAAUACAUUUUGCAUUGUGUAGUUUUACAUCUGAAGAUCCGCGAUUGUUAAAUGCGCGGUCGAUUUCGAAAAGCGGCAUGUUUGCGGAAGUGACCGCGCGGUGCACGAUUAGCCGCCUCUGUUAUUUUCAUAUGUAUGUCUUGUGUUUCCAAAAAAUAUCUUUUACCCUCACGUACAUUUUGGCGAAACGUUAAACGUUUGGAAAAGUGGAAGAUGCUGUUUGGGUUGCCCGUAAACGAAGGGAAGUUGACUAGCCAGCGGACCCGUUUGAAAAAUCAAAAUGGCUGCCAUCUUUGUCGUCUCGGCAAAGAGAUUUAUACCUUUGUUUCUCCGUCUCACAUGUCAGGCAGUCUGAGUAAGUUCAUUUUUAUAUUUAUGUAGUGGAUUAUUGUUCAACGAACCAUCGUAUUAAAAGUGGGGUGUUUGUUUUUACUGGUUUUUAUUUAUUUUGUUACUCACCCAGUAGCGCACUUUUUGACCACGUCAGUGCGGUGGGGGAGGGGAAGUGAGUCUGGCUGGGUGGAGCCUGUAUGAGCAAUGAUACAUUCACUGUGGAUGAAUGACCAAAUGCUUUUUAGUUGCAGUGGAUGCGUGUCAGCUUGCACUCUGGUCUCUUUUUCAACAGUGCUGGGAUGUCACCCAUGCUUCAGGCUCCUGUAACCCUGGUUGGCUGGCCACGGAGACAGGGAGUCCUCGUCUUAAUACUGUCGCUCUCCACAUUAGACUUACUGUUUGGGGGUAAACAUGUUCUCCAAGGGCACCAAGCGUAAGUUUUCCGAUGGUGGUGAAGAGAUAUCGGAAGAAAACCUUAUUGGAGCCAGAAUGGCAUCUUCGUACAGCUUGCAACGGCAGUCGCUGCUGGACAUGUCCCUCAUCAAACUACAGUUAUGCCACAUGCUGGUGGAGCCCAACCUCUGUCGAUCGGUUCUCAUUGCCAACACAGUCAGGCAGAUUCAGGAAGAGAUGACUCACGAUGGCAGCUGGCAGGUGGUCACAGAAGCAUUCUGCAAUGCAGGCCAGAGCCCCUCUGAGCGCUUAGUGGCCACUGAAGUCCUCUGCCGAUCACGGGAGCCGGAUGCAGAGCCUAAGCUUUUAUCCGUCAUCACCUAUGAAGGUUGCAGAGAAGAGGAGGUGGUAGCUGACGAGACAUUGUGCUCCGUUUCAGUUAGCGACGCUGUCUCGAACGUUUGUCUGGCAGGAAGUAUAGGCCAGUGCUGGGAGAAGAAUGAGCUCGUUGAUGUCGAGGGGGACGAAGAGGACCUUGAAGACUCCAGGUUAGGCUCAGGAGAGGAUGAAGAAAUAGAUACAGAAGAUGAGGCUUCCAGGAAGAGUACAAAGACCAUAGGACAAGUUUUUGGAACAUUUGAAAUAAAAAACAGCUCCUCGGGUCCUGACUCUGCACUUGAGGAGUUAUUCUCAGAUGUGGACACAUCCUAUUAUGAUCUGGACACUAUGCUUACAGGCAUGCAGAGUGCGCCCAAGACGGGUCCUUAUGACCUCCUAGACAGCUUGGCACCUUCACAUGGUCCCCCUUCAAUAGUGUCUGCCCCAAAUUGUCGCUCUGAUCUCAAUGAACUUGAUCACAUCAUGGAAAUCAUUGUGGGCUCUUAGUUUAGACCUUGUUUGGAGAUUUCAAUGCUGACUUAUUGUUACUGGCUUUUCAAUUCUGUAUGGAAAGCAAGUUAAAUCUGGAGUCCUUUCAAAGGAUAGCCUUGAUUUAAUGAACUGACCAUAGUUGUUUUAUUUACAUACCCUUUGUAUGUUUUAAUGGUUCUUCUUCUGUAUUUGUCUGUCCAGACAUGCUGUUUUGUUUAAUUUAUUUGUUAUAACACUACAGAGAGCAGAACAAGAUGUAUACAGAAGUUGUAAAGCUUGGGAUAUUUUCAUAUGGAGACAAAAGAUUGUCUAAAAUUUGUACAUAAAUAUAUAUUUUGUACUUUAGAUCCUGCUUGUAAUAUGUCACUGUACAUUCUGUACAUGUUCUACAAAUUGAUUUAAUGGAAGAGAGUAGUUUGUCUUAUAUAACAAUGCAUUCUUCUGUUCAUCAAAGUCCACAAACUGAAGGAACUUCAUUACAUAUUAGAAUAUAGAAAUGGCAAGUAUACAUAUAAUGAUGCAUGUUUUACAUUUACAUGCUCAUUUGCACAGUAUUUUUUUCCUCUCAUGGUUUAAUUGCAGUUGGCUGUCAAUCUGCUCAGCCAUAAGUUUUAUUUGUUGUUCGACCUCAAAGUUCUUAUAUUUGUUUUAUCAACAAAUGAAGAAUAAUGGGCCAGCCCAUUCUAUAUUGUGACUUAAUUUAUUUAAUUUAUUUACUGCAAACGGUGAGUGUUGGCUGUGGUCAAACUCAGGGUGUUUUUUAUCUCUAGAGGAAUUAAUAGGCUUGGUUAACAAAAGCCUUUGCUCAUAUUAAAUUUGGAUCAUGUGGGAAUCGGUCACCAAAUUUGUGCUUGGUCAGUUUAUUUGCAUGAGUUAAACAUUUUAUUAUGGGCAAAUGGCUUGGGUAUGUCUGUUAGACCUUUGGACCCCUCAUACUAAGAAAGCAAGUAUAUUUCUAUGCAUUGAGUGUCAAAACACACUUUCUAUGCAUUAAGUGUUCAAUACGCAAUUAGUACAGUAUUCUUUUUAAAAAUAUACAAUUUUGACUUGUCAACAAGAGAUGGUUUUAUUUUAUCAUGCAUUUCCCCCCUAGUAAAUACUGUAUAUUAUUCGGUUUUGUUUUAAAAUAAGUGGUUGCAUAAACUAUGUUUGUGCAAACCAUGGGUUUACACUUUGAUAACGGUUUUCUUCUGCAUUGUUUCACACUCAAAUUCCAAGAGGAGAAAUGUUUUUUAUUGUAUGAUCUUAAACUAGUAUAGGAUAUAAACAUUUUAUAUGAGCAUUGUAGCUUUUUUAACGUUUUUUAAUAAAAGGUACAACUUAUGAAAAUA